AUGUCAACUGCAGGAGUUGCUGCUCAGGAGUUGAGAGUCCCAUUAAAACCCGGAUUUCUUCACACUAGUCAAGGCAUGGGGAGUCUGAAAACCUGCUGGGGCAGCCACAGUGGAUUUGAAAAUACUUUCUUUAAUGUGGACCCUAUAGCAGUGGCAUAUAAUUUGAAUCCAUCGACAGAGCAACAUUUGCCAUCCAUUGGGCACUCUUCCAACCACGCUUCCAUGAAUGACCAAAGCUUUGCUGAAAGUUGCGUCCAAGUCCCAUCUCAGAAAUCCAGUCCACCUCCUGCAAGUUCUAAAAAUGAACAGACUAUUUCACGGUACGACGACCAUCUGGUUCCUGGCUUUAGUAAACUGUCAUUAACUAUGGGCUGUUCAGAAACACCUCCUCACAUGCCAAUAAAAAAUGGGCCAAUUCAAUUUCUGUCUGCAUCUUCCAAUGAUCGUAGCUCCAGGCCACUACCCCCUCUGCCUAUUUCUGAAGGCCUUACUCCAGAUGAGGUUGACAAAGAGGUGGAAUUCCUGACUAGCUCAGAUACUGACUUUUUGUUAGAAGAUUAUGAACUUCCUCCUUUUAAAUCCAGUGCUCCAAGCCGGCGGAGCUUUAGGGGCUGUGGACAAAUCAACUAUGCAUACUUCGAUACUCCAUCAGGACCAAAACCAGAAGAUGACAACCCCACACAAAGCCUAAAUGGAUACAUAUCCAGUAUGUAUCCUCCUCCACAGCAGCUGCAUCGACGUUUGCGAAGGUCCCAUUCUGGGCCAGCUGGAUCUCUUAAUAAACCAGUAGUAAGACUAUCUGGACACUUAAACAGGUCUUCUCCAAACUCUGAUGAAGAUAAACCAGAGAUUCCACCAAGGGUUCCCAUACCUCCAAGAGCUCUCAAACCAGAUUACAGAAGGUGGUCAGCAGAAGUCGCUUCUAGUGCAUACAGUGAUGAAGACAGGCCUCCAAAAGUGCCCCCAAGAGAACCUUUGUCACGCAGCAAUUCCCGUACACCAAGUCCCAAAAGUCUGCCGUCAUACCUCAAUGGGGUUAUGCCCCCCACCCAGAGUUUUGCACCUGAUCCUAAGUAUGUCAGCAGCAAAGCUCUACAAAGACAAAAUAGUGAAGGAUCCUCCAACAGGGUCCCUUGCAUUCUUCCAAUUAUUGAAAAUGGUAAGAAGGCCAGUUCAACGCACUACUAUCUGCUGCCUGAGAGGCCUCCAUAUUUGGACAAGUAUGAGAAAUUCUUCAGAGAAGCAGAAGAAAGUAGCUGUAACACGGAGAUUCAGUCCUGGUCUGGUGACUGCACAGCCACUUCAGCCCCAGCAAAACUAGACUCAAAACCUAGAAUGGACAUAGCUGGUCAUCUGAAACGAAAACACCUGUCUUACGUGGUUUCCCCAUAGACUCUGGGAGCACAGUCUCCGCUCAGUCAUUCAGGAUGGAGCUGAACUUUAUCAAUGUUACAAAGUUCUUAAGAUUUUCAGAUAAUGAAGUAGGACCAGUUUGUCCUCCAAGAACUGGAAAGUGGAUGGUAAAGUCCUCUUAUGCUGCAUAUCUCUGAUAUGUUUCUUAAGAGUGUUUUUUGUCUUGGUAUGUAUAGCUGAAAACCUACAAAGAUUCCAUAGAAACAU